AUGUCCUCUGGCAUUCCAUCUAAUCGAAGGCAAACUUUAUAUAGCUAUAAAUCUGUUCUUCUCAGGUGGGAUACUUUGACUGAUGAAGAAAAAGAUACGACGUAUCCACCAAUUGCUCCGAGUUUCAUCGUCGAAUUGCGAUUCCACCCAGAAUGUUCACAAAAAAAUGUUAAAAUGGAUAGAAGUGGGGGUAGAGGAAAGUAA